AUGUUUCGAUUCCCAAUAGCACCGUCCUUGCGCACCGUCGCGCCUCCCAUAAUCCCUCGCGCCCGAGCCUCCAUACCGUUGCCGCAGCUCUCACGACCUUUUUCGACUCCAUCUUCGAGGAUCCGGAGCACGAUACCUACUACGAUACCGCGCUCGUCUCGCUAUAUCCCUUCACGAUUCUUCGCAAGCUCGACCCAUCGGUUCUACCCCAAUGGGUACAGAUACAGGCGCUUCGAUGGGCCUCAAGGGGAUUCAUUUGCGUUCCGCCUGCUACGAAAUGCGAAACCGAUCCACUUUGUAAUAGUCGGGGGAGUUAUCGGGGGAUUUUACGUCUACAAUACAGAAACUGUUGAGAUGACCGGUCGGCGACGGUUCAACAUUGUCUCUCACAACCAGGAAUUGCAAAUGGGCGAGUCGAGCUACCACGAAGUUUUGCGAGAAUAUCACGGACGCAUACUUUCUCAAUCCCACCCCCUCACUCUCAUGGUGAAUCGCAUUCUACAGCGCCUGAUUCCCCUGGCGCCGAUUCACGGAGCGAACUGGGAGGUUCAUGUCAUCCAGGACGAUAACAUGAUGAAUGCUUUCGUUCUUCCAGGUGGCAAGGUUUUCGUAUUUACGGGGAUUUUACCCAUCUGCGAGGACGAAGAUGGGCUGGCGGCUGUUUUGGGCCACGAGAUUGCCCACGUGGUGGCCCAUCAUACUGGCGAGCGGAUGAGCAGCCACUUCGUUACCAUGGGAGUUAUCUUCCUUACCGCACUCCUUUUCGAUGUGUCCGGGAAUAUCCCGUCCUUAUUACUAAACCUUAUGUAUAGUUUGCCGAACUCUCGGACGCAGGAAGCUGAGGCGGAUAACAUCGGCUUGAUGAUGAUGUCAAAAGCAUGCUACAACCCCGAAGCCGCUGUUGGACUCUGGGCUCGCAUGCAAAAAGCAGAAAGACAGGUGCCUCCUCAAUUCAUGUCAACCCAUCCAUCAAGUUACAACCGCAUGGAAUCUAUUCGCGGAUGGUUGGAUAAGGCUCAGCACGCGUAUGAAGAGAGUGGGUGCUUUGGCGUUGCAUCUUACGUGCCAGGUUUCCGACAGGCACGCGACGACUUCAGCUGGUAG